CUUCAGUAGCCAGUAUGUUUCUUUGCCUCGACAUAAAUUUGACGUUUUAUUUAUAAUAUAAACUACAAUAUUUUUAAUUAUAUUUAUUAUGUGUAAGCUCAAUUAAACAGCAUAGAAAUAGUCGUAUCAGUUAUCAUGAACGAGUCCUUUGAUAUAUUUCUUGUAAUAACUAUUUUUGCUGUGUUUAUGCUUAUUUUGUGGACAGUAAUUACGUAUUUAAAACAACAGAGUGAAAAGAAAAGAUGGACAUCUUCAAGUUCUUCCUAUUCAAAUUAUAGAAGUAAUAGAACAAGAUAUUAUGGAAAUUCAGGAUCGAAUGAUAUCGAAACGGGACGUUAUCCAACGGGAUCGAGUGUUUAUGACUAUGAUGGAGGUGAUACAGGAGGUGGUGGAUAUGAAUCAUAUGGUUCAAGUGGAGCUUGUGAUUAUGGAACUGACUCUGGUGGUGGCAGCGGUGGAGGUGGUGGUUGCGAUUCCGGUGGAGGAGGUGGUGGUGGUGGUUGCGAUUCAGGUGGAGGUGGUGGUGGUGAUAGUGGAGGAUGCUGCGAUUCUGGUGGUGGUGGUGGUGGAUGUGAUUAAUCAUCAAUCAAUAACCACAUAUUUUUCAACUACAAAUAAAGGUCUCUUCUCAAUAGACAAAAAAUACUUACACGGAAAAAAAUUUUCACGAAAUUUUACUACGGUCCCACAGUAUUCAAGAAACAUCGGUCAACUAAUACAUUUUUUACAUUAAAUAUUACGAAAAAAAACAAUGUUGUGAUUAAAAAAUUGCAAUGGACCAUAGCAAUAUUUGAGAUUUCGAUUUUUUACUUUGUAUAAAAUAAAAACUGCAACGUAACAUGGAAUCUUUACAAAUUUAAGUUCAAAAAAUUAUUAUGCUUCUUUUCUAAUACUACAAUGUACCAUAGUAAUUUUUAUAGGUUUUUAUUUUUGCUUGAGCACAGCGUCGAACUUGCUGUGCAUAUUGUAGAUUUUACAAUAGUUAUGUUGAAAAAAUUGGAAUGUCUUCAUCUAAAAAUUACAAUGCACCAUAGCAAUUCUUUAUCUACUACUUGCCGCGAUGCUCGUUGUUACCGACUGCAGUAUUCAAAAGCCUAUGUUGAUAUGGGCUCAGCGAAAAUUCUAAUGGGCCAUAGUAAAAAAAAUUAAAUUACUGCGCGGCCGUUAUUCUGCGCAUUGGAUCUAUAGAUA